UUUUCAGAUAAAUUUCGUAGGAUAUGGGUCUCUCUCUCUCUCUUCAGUUCCUCACAAUCUUCUUCGCCACCUGCGACUUCUCUCUCCCUCUCUCAUGAGUUCAGAGAGAGAACGCUGCAAUUCCCGCCACUUCACAUGGAUCAUGAAAACAUGCUUCCCUAAUCCUCACCAAACCACCACCAUUUGUCCUCAGCCUUACCAUCCCACCACCACUCUUCCCAUCACCACCACCACCAUAACUUCCCUUCCCGACGACGUCGUUUUGGAAUGCCUCUGUAGGGUCCCACCAUCUUCACUCCCUUCUCUCUCCCUCGUCUGCCGCCGCUGGGCCCGCCUUCUUCACUCUCCACAUUUCUCCGAUCUCCGUCGCCGCCGCUCCCUUCUUCACCACUCUGUAUUCGCCGUCGUUGCCACUGAUUCUGGUUUCUGCGCUGCCUCUCUCACCGAUGGUGCCUGGAAGAUCGCUCUGUUCCACCCUUGUUACGAUGCCGUUGCGCUUGAUGAUUUCCAUUUCUUGUUGGCUCAUGCGCGAUUGGCUUCCAUUGGCCCCAGAAUAUUCGUCAUCGGGAGGAAUGCGAUGGUCAGGUAUGAUACUUGGACCAGCACUUUAAGUCCUAGACCGGCGAUGAAUUUUCCUCGGAAAAAAUUCGCUUCUGCAGUUGUGUCCGGGAAAAUCUAUGUCGCCGGUGGUGGUUCAAGGUCCACGGCGGUGGAAGAAUAUGAUCCAGAUUCAGAUACCUGGAGCGUGGUAUCCUACGCGCAGAGGAGACGAUAUGGUUGUAUUGGGGUUUCCGUUGAUGGAUUAUUCUUCAUUAUCGGUGGACUCAGAAUAGGCGCGCCGGGGGAGGGUAACGAAUUCUCACGCGCCACCGGUGGGGCUGAGGCGCACGCUGCGUAUGCGAGCUCCAUGGAUUUGUUCGAUGUGGAGGCUCGAACCUGGCUCAGAAGCCGAACGGUCCCGGGGGGAGGAUGUGUGGUGGCGGCUUGCGCUGCUGCCGGGAACGUGUAUGUUUUAACCAGUCACGCUGUGGAGCUAUCGUUCUGGAAAUUCGACGCUCGUAGAAAAAGCUCCAACCACGGCGGCGGAGGGGGGUUCGGAGACUGGUGCAGAAUCAAGAGUCCGCCGUUUCCCGUGCAGGUGAGGGUGGACACGAGGAUGAGAUUUAGCUGUAUAGGAUUGGGAGACAAGGUGGUGCUGAUCCAAGUGAAUGGGUGGUGCGUGGAUGAGAUGAUGAGAAGUGGACGGAGUGUGAGGGAAGGGAUGGUUCUGAUAUAUGAUUGCGGCAGUGGAGAGUGGAGGAGAGGGGCGGACUUGCCGGAUUUGUUCCGACGCGCCGCCUAUGUGGGUGUGGAAUGCUGAGGAACUGGUAUCCCGACCAGCAGACAGUAGAGCAUGAGGCCUCCAUAGGCCGUAUCUGUAGGCAGUGACCAGUGGGUGCGAAGUCCGAUUUAGGCAUCAAAUUCAUUUGGGGACCAAAGAAAAUCUUGCUGAAAGAUCAUUUCUCUGCAAUUGAUCCCGAAUUUUCUUUAAAAAAAUAAAAAUAUUUUUUUAAUGAAUCAAUGUCAGUAUGUCACUUUGGAUUCUAGAAUUCUUUGAUCUUUGUAAUCUUUACUGAUGUACAAUGUAUUUUUUUUUUAGGAUACUUUCUGAUGCACUCUAUUGUUUGCAUUGGUAUUUUGAAUUAAAAAAAUAAAAGUUAGUUUCUACA